UGCAAAAUGAAUUCCACGGUGUCGUCAGUUCCGUAAAGCGUUCCUCCAGGCUUCAUUAAAAAGGAGAAGAUAGAAGAAUAUUUACGAGGGGUCAGAGGACAAACGCAGUUAGAACGAGAGUUUACAUGGCUAUGCCAUUAAAAUUAUCUUAAACAAGAGCACCGCCUUGUUUUCCACGGAUAGUUUUUUCCUUGACUGACAAAAGACACAUCAGUCUCCUCUAAGCCGCGCAUGAACUGGGAUGCACUGCCGUUAGCCUGUUAUUAGCUUGCUCGCUAGCAACCCGAACAACUCCGUUUUUACGACGAGACCAAGCACCCUACAUUGGGCAUUAUGACAGAUAGCAUUAUGAGUAAAGCUGCCACGAUGGAAAUUCCUAUCAACAGCAAUGGUGACACAGGGACGUUACCAGAGGACGACAGCCUUGAACAGGCUGCAAAACUGCAGUGGAGCUUAGAUGAGAAGUUAGGGAGCUCCAGAGGCACCAGGGACCUUCAGCAGGUGAUGGUAUCAGGUCCAAAUCUCAACGAGACUAGCAUUGUAUCUGGGGGUUAUGGAGGAACAGCAGAAGGUAUCAUCCCCACCAGUUCAAUCAAAGACCUGCGUAUGAAGGCCAGGAGAAGUAGCGUUCCCCCAAGCAGUUCUUUCCUCUGCCACAUAGCAAGCCAAUCAAAUGAAUACAAAGGUUCCAACAUGCACCACAGCAGCAGCAGCUCAUCAAUGACUGCAGAGGACACAACACGCGGUGUGGCUGUGGAAAAACUAGAAACAGUGAAGAAGUGGGGAAUUAACACUUACAAGUGUACAAAACAAAUGAUCUCAGAGCGUUUUGGUCGGGGUUCCCGGACUGUGGACCUGGAGCUGGAGGCCCAGAUUGAGGUGCUGAGAGACACUAAAAGGAAGUACGAGAAUGUGCUGCGAUUGGCCAGAGCGCUGACCAACCACUUCUACAACAUGGUGCAGACGCAGCAUGCACUGGGUGACACCUUUGCUGACCUCAGUCAGAAAUCUCCAGAGCUACGGGAUGAGUUUGGGUACAAUGCAGAAACUCAGAAGUUGCUGUGUAAGAACGGGGAGACUUUACUCGGUGCCAUAAAUUUCUUUGUGUCCAGCAUCAACACAUUGGUUAACAAGACCAUGGAGGACACCCUGAUGACUAUCAAGAUGUAUGAAAAUGCCAGACUGGAGUUUGAUGCCUACAGGGCAGACCUGGAGGAAUUGAGUAUGGGUCCGAGGGACGCUGUAGCCAUGGCCCGCAUAGAUGCUGCUCAGCAACAGUACCAGCUCCAUAAGGACAAGUAUGAACGGCUCCGCUCAGACGUCACCAUUAAACUCAAGUUCUUGGAGGAGAAUAAGGUGAAGGUGAUGCAUAAGCAGCUGCUCCUCUUCCACAACGCCAUCUCAGCGUACUUUGCUGGUAACCAGCAGCAACUGGAGCAGACGCUGAAGCAGUUCAACAUAAAGUUGAGGCCCCCAGGGGCCGACAAGCCCUCCUGGUUAGAGGAGCAGUGAGAGGGUCUGCUGGACGCCCUGCCUCCUCCUUCUCGACCACCUCCAUCUGUUACCUGUUGAAACCCCCAACUUAGAGAGGACCACUACAGAAGGAAACACACAGAUAAAUUGGGUGGAUGAAGAUAAUAGAUGAGCAUGUGUCUGGAGUGGACAGAUGAAUAGCUGGGUAUUACUGAUGAAUGGGCUAAAUGCAGCAGGAAACCAAGUGGCCAGUUUUAUGGACAGUCUGGGGGCUUUUAGUGCCUCUUCCCAACUUCUUAUUUUCACUUGUACCUUCUCUUUGUGUUUUGUUCCCAGAGAAACUGUUCAUCUCUCCUUUCCCUCUCUCCUAUUUGACUAAAGCCUCUUCUAUCUCAACACUGUUCUGCUGCACGAGCUUGUGCAAGUCAUCUUCUGGCCGUUAUUAUAUUCAAGUGCUCCCAUUGCUCUGAAUUAAACUUCGGCACGACACAGGCAGAUGAGAAAAGAAAAAAAAAAAAGGUAAAAACCAUUGAAACAUACUCAAAUGUGACCAAACACUACAACAAAACUCCUCCAGUCCUUAUCGCUCUCCUAGUGUGCCUCCUUAUUUAUGAGCUAAUGUACUAAAUGUGGCCUCGAGGGAAGACAGAUUCAGUUCGGAAAAAGAUUUCAGACUACAUUGAACGGAGUUGUAUGGUACACUGGAAAGGAAUGUCCAGACAUUUCAGAUCAAUGUACAUUUAAUAUGAAGUACUAUUUCACUUUUGAAAUAAAUAUGAUUGUUUGUAGCUUGUAAGAAC